GUCAAAUUUAGUUGGUAAUGGGAAGUUUGUUUUGGUUUGAUUUGAACUUUGCUAUUUUCUAGUCUCGAUUUUUAUUGGAAAGAAUCAAUAUUUUCAUAAUCAACUAUGAAGAUGAGUGGGAAUAACAACGAAGAGCAUGUGAAAUUACAAAUGGAAGUUAUUCAGCGAGAGAAUCAGGAGAAAUCGGCUGUUGCGACAGUCACAGCAGAGACUCUAAAGAAACUGAAUGUAUCCAUCGAAGAGUUACCACAGAAAUGCCAGCAGCUACUGCAACGCGCGGCAGAAACCCAAGCGUCAAUGGACAGCGACAUCUUCGACCCUAUCGCCGUCUCGCUCCAACAAUCCCGAGAAAUCUCCGAGAAACUUACGGACGAAUACGAAAUCCUCAAACUGAGACAGAAAAACCAGCAGUUGCAAGCGAAAAUAGACCGUAAUCACAAGUUUUUGGAGGGCUUGAGGAGAGAAUUGGCCAGUUCUAGGGAGUCCUUGGCCAAGCAGAGUCCUAAUCCUGAGAAUAUACUGGAGCAUGUAAGACAGAUGAAACAGAAAGUCGUUUCAUAUGAAGAGAGCUGUGAAAAGGCGAAGGCAAAAUACUCCAACCUUGGAGUACCAGACAGCAUACUCCCAAAAUCCCUGCUACGGCUGAUCGGCCAGCUGUCUUCAUUACAAGACUCUGCCAGGACUCUGCAGGAGCGAGCCGAGGACGUGACCCUCGCCAGACAAGCCCGGGAUACCCUCCAUCGGCUCCGGAGAUGAGAAUAUAGAGAUUUAAGUAUAAA